AUGACUCGGGCAUUUGGCGAUGCGCGCUGGAAAUGGUCGAACAAUACCCUGAAGAAGUGCGAGAAGGGGUUCUCUGGCAAACCUGCACCGGGAAACGUUGUGAAUCCACCAUACCUUGAAGCAACCCCCGAAAUUGAGACUUACAAGCUUCAGGAACGGGAAUUUCUGAUUCUGUCUUCUGACGGCCUCUGGAAUCAUCUUUCUAACGAUGGAGCGGUGGAAGCGGUCGGAUAA